CCAGUAGAAGCCUUGCGUUUAAAUCAAUAUAUACUCGCGUUGCUGUACCAACCCGGAUAAAUUGAGAAAUCUCACUUGGCGCGCCUCUCCCCUUUGAACCUCCUACAAGGGCCUACUUACGCGCCGAGGAGCAACUGAAACGAACAUGUCUUCCAUGAACGACUUUUACUUGAAUGACAUGUAGCUUUCGGGCUGAUUAUAUCACGGAAACUCCGUUUUUAACGCCUCUUCGACCUUUUCGCUUGCAUUCAGCAUUCCGUCAUUAUCCCAUUUCCUGCAAAGCCCGGAAGACCGUGCACUACCACAAUCAAUUUUGUGGCCUUCUUUGCUCUCAUACGUCAAGAUGUAACACUUCAUCCCGUUAUCUAUACGAGUCCAUCGAGGAUGUGGAGAAAUUAGAAAUCUACAAAGUAGGUGUUAUCGCCCUACAGCAGUCAGGGACCAGUUUCACGAUCGCGACAUAAUAGGUUCAUCAACGGUGGAGAUCAAUCAAUCGAGAGAUUUAUCGGUUGUGGGACGACC